GCGUAAUUAAUAUUCAAUAGAAACUAUUCCUGAUUGGACUGUACAGACGGAAGGAUGAGGUUUCUACUGUUCUGGGUUCAGGUUCUCUUGGUGGUUUGUUUAACAGUAGCGGAUGAAUGCUACUGGGAAAACGUCCUGAACAGCUGGUCUAGCGGGAAACGAAGUUUAAUCAGUAUUCCUGUUCCUGAGAACAUGGACUCAUGGAACAUAACUUUAGAGUUCGAUGGAACAGAUUUAGAAUUACAGGCCUGGAAAGGAGAUGUUUCUCAAAUCUCCGACAAUACUUUCUCCAUCACAAACAAUUGUUACAACGGAAGGCUAUAUGCUUGUCAGUGUCUUGAAAUUAGUUAUUUAGUUAGACACAAGUACGGCGUAGAGCUCGGAUUUAAUCUGACAUUUAACUCCGUACUUUUUUCAACUUGCGACCAAUCCCCAGAUUGUAGUGGAAAAGGUGAAGCUACUGAAGCUGCAGCAACAACUGAAGAUAUAGCAACAACUAAAGCUGCAUCAGCUUCUGAAACUCAUUCUACGGCAGCAGCUUCUGAAACUCAGUCUCCAGAAGCAGCUUCUGAAACUCAGUCUCCAGAAGCAGUCUCUGAAACUCAGUCUCCAGAAGCAGCUUCUGAAACUCAGUCUACAGUGGCAGCUUCUAAAACGUCAGCUACUGAUGCAGCAUCAGUUUCAGAACCAGUAAUCUCUGAAAUCACCACAGAAAUAUCUUUUACUACAGCUACAGAUGAAUCCCCCUGUCUAACAAGUUUUCCCUGUCAUCCUGAAGCUGUGUGUGCUCCUUCAGAUACUAGCUCCUACUCCUGCUCCUGUCCUGAUGGUUUUAACAGUACAGGAGUUGAUCUGUUCAACAGUUCCUCCACCCUCACGGCCUGCUUCAGCUCUAGUAACCAGAGCACUGUAUUGGGAGAUGGACUGACCAAUCUUACUGACCCAUCGUCUUUGUUCGAUGCUACAUUUCUAAACACAUCUGCAAUAGAUGCUCUUAGUGAUAUUUUAGCCGAGGAUCCAGGUACCAGUACAACUGAAGAGUUUGUUGCUGGUCUUAUAAAUAAUGAAACCACUCUCCAGCUACUUGUGUCAGCUGUAGGGUCGGAUCAAACUGCAAUUGAAACCGUUAUCUCUGGUCUAGGCAACAAUACUAAAGAAGUUCAAACCUUUAUUCAAGCUUUGAGUGUUGCAGGAAUUGUUUAUCCUCCUCUCACUACCCUCUCUAGUAGGAAAAAUAGACUUAAAAGAGACACAGCGAAACAACUGAAAACAUACAUCCGACAAUUUUUCAAAUUUGUAAAGGAGCUUAGAAAUAUUUUGAAAAAUAACAUGACUUGUUCUAUCCUUGAUGCCUUGAAGAAACUGCUCAGCUCCGAUCCGUCCUGCUCUCAGCUCCAAUCCAUUCUCAGUUCAGUGUUUUCAUCUCUAGAAUAUAAAAGAGUGGUGAAUAUUCUCAGAACCGUCCUGUAUCUUCUCAACAGAAUUCUCUCCAACCCGUUCCAGCAGAUAAUGCAGGCAGGAUUCUUCCCGUUCUUCCGGGGAUACAGCCUUCUCUUCAACCUCCAGCCUUGCAUACAGAACCUAGAACUCAUUCAAUACGCAGAAACAUCACUUUGCUCCGGGGAACUUUGCUGUUUAUCUCCAUCAACCUGUUCUACUAGCUCCGGUGUUGCGUCCUGUAUCUGUUCCAGUGGUGUGGAGUACCAGGAGCAAACUGGUUGCUCUCAAACCACCAUGAUCACAUCGUCGUCAACCCAACCUCAACCCAUUUCUUCUCAACCCCAAAUGAACCCCAACCUUCAUCCAUUGAACCUCAACCUUCUUCAACUGUACCUCAACUUUUAUCAACUAAACCUCAACCUACCUCCUCUGAACCCCAACCUUCCUCCUCUGAACCUAAACCUUCCUCAUCUGAACCUCAACCUUCUUCCACCGAACCUCAACUUUCUUCCUCUGAACCCCAAUCUUCCUCCUCUGAACCCCAACCUUUCUCCUCUCAACCUCAUCCUUCCUUCACUGAACCUCAAUUAUCUUCAACUGAACCCCAACCUUCCUCCACUGAACCCCAACCUUCUUCCCCCGAUUCCCAACCUUCCUCCACUGAAUCUCAACCUUCUUCCUCUGAACCCCAACCUUUCUCCUCUGAACCCCAACCUUCUUCCUCCGAUUCUCAACCUUCCUCCACUGAACCUCAAUUUUCUUCAACUGACCCCCAACCUUCCUCCUCUGAACCAGAACCUACCUCCACUAAACCCCAACCUACAUCCUCUGAUCCCCAACCUUUCUUCUCUGAACGUCAGCCUUCCUCCUCUGAACCUCAACCUACCUCCUCUGAACCUCAACCUUCUUCCUCUGAACCCCAACCUUCCUCUGCUGAAACCCAACCUCCGACCUCUGAACCUCAGUCUCAAUCUCCUGAUUCUUUUACUACCAAAGACCCCAACACUACAACAACAAUGAUCACGUAUGAAACGCCGAUUCUCAUGAAAACUUCAACAACAUCUGCCCUGCAAGAAUCUCUAAGCCCUACAACAACUGUUGGACCUAAAUCUUCAACUACAA